GAACGUUUGAAGCAAAUGAUACGCGAUCCGAUAUUCGAAACCAUACGUGAAUCCAUGCCACAUCCGGAUAAAGUUCUUGCGAAAUUGGUUGCCAUAGAGGCAGACUUCACGUCAGAUGAAUUUGUAAAAGAACCCUUCAAAACCGACCUGUUUAAUGAAACUGAGGUCGUCUUUCACGUCAUGGCUCAAGUACGGUUCGAUAUGGGCAUUCAGCAAGCCAUAGACGCAAACGUCACUGCCAUGGAGAGGUUGUUCAACUUCAUACGAGCCGCUCCACGUCUGCAAUCGAUCGUGCACGUCUCGACGCUAUACUCCAACUGCGACCGAUCGCAUAUCGAAGAGUGCGUUUACGACGAUCUUCGCUUUGGUGGGUUGGAAAACAUUCGGCGCAUCCUGGCACCGCUGACGGAAGCGGAAAAGGAAAAACUGAACUCCACCAUCCUGGGACCGAUGCCGAACAGCUACGUUUUUUCGAAAAAGUGCGCCGAAGUGACGAUAAAGCAUAACUUCUCGGAGCUUCCGAUCGGUAUCUUCCGUCCACCGAUCGUGACGCCGAGUUGUCGCGAGCCUGAGCCUGGUUGGGUGGGAUGUUUCCAAGGUGCGACAGGAUUAACCGUGCCCAUUCUGAAGCACCAGUUGCUAUGGUACUACGGUGACAGAUCGGCUCGUGCUGCAUUGGCACCGGUGGAUUACUGCAUUGGUGGAAUGAUCACGGCUGCCUGCGAUAUUCGGGCACGGUACGAGGAAGCUCGAGUGUUGGAGUCGUUUGAUAGAAAAGUUCCACCCGUACCGGUGUACAACUUUUAUUUCGAAAAGAACACCAUCCUCUGGGUCGAUUACAUUGCCUUCAUCGGAUCUGGACUACCCACUGCUAUGGGACGCAAGUUAAGUCCCGUUCGUAUGCAAAUAACUCAAUGGCGCAUAAUCUCAAGGAUCACCUUCUGGUUGCUGUACCUAGCGGCGUACAUUGCUGAUUUUCUGCUGGUUCUUCUUCGCAAACCUAGACGCAAUGUCCGAAACGUGUCCCUGAUUGAUUGGCUCGCAGAUACGGUGGAAUACUUCCGCUGCAAUACCUGGACGGCGCAGAACGAUAACACGAAGAGAAUGCGCUUGCUACUCGCCAAAGCCGACGAACCGUUGCUGGAGUUUGAUGCAGAUCGGAUUGAUUUGCAGGAAUACUAUCAGCAUUGCACCAAAGGGCUUUUGAAGGAACUGGAACGAAGGGAACUCCGAAGGCGUCAGAAAACGAAUAAUGAUGUCGAAAAAAAUGGCAGGCCCACCGAGGUGUCACGGCAGGAAGCAGCAACAGCAGCAGCAGCGUUGCGUUCGGUGCAUCUUCAAAACGGCCACGGCAGCAGCAAUAUGAGUGACACCUGCGGCUCGAAGGUGAUCGAGUUCUACCAGGACUCGGUCGUGCUGAUUACGGGCGCGAGCGGUUUCCUCGGCAAGGUGCUGCUCGAGAAGCUGCUCCGGUGUUUGGAUGCGCGCAAGAUAUACGUGCUCAUUCGCCGGAAGCGCGACUACAGCGCACAGAUGCGAUUAGAGCAGAUCCUCAAGUCGAUGCUAUUUGAUCGCGUUCGUACCGAAACCAAGGCAGCCAAGGGCCUGUUCGACCGAAUCGAGGCAGUUGAGGUGAAUUUCGAGCGAAAUGAUCUCGGCCUCGAGCCGGCCCUGCGCGAUCGAUUACGGCAUGAGGUGGAGAUCGCCUUCAACCUGCUGGCGUCCGUCAACUUCAACGAGGCGCUCGAUCAGGCGCUCGAAACGAACGUCGAGUGCACGCGGCGUGUCCUGUGUCUGCUCGGUGGCGCCCGGCGCCUAAAAUCCGUCAUCCACGUGUCGACGUUCUACUCGAACUGCAACCGGACGCUGAUCGAGGAGAAGAUCUACGACGACAUCGGUUUCGGUGGGUACGACAACAUCAAGAGCACGUUCGCGAAGCUGCAGGACGACCACAAACAGUUCCUGUCCCCGGUCGUGCUCGGUACGUUCCCGAACUCGUACACGUUCAGCAAAAAGUGCGCCGAGGUGGUCGUCCAGGAUAAGUUUGGUCAUCUGCCGAUCGGCAUCUUCCGGCCGCCUAUAGUGACCUCCAGCUACCGGGAGCCCGUACCUGGAUGGGUCGACAAUUUCAACGGACCGAGUGGCAUGGUGGUGCCACUCUCGCAGGGCCUGUACAGUGCCGCCCUGCUCGAUCCCAAAAAGAAGCCGUUCAUCGUACCGGUCGAUUUCUGCGUCAACGCGCUGCUGGUGUGUGCGCACGACGUCAGCAAAGCGAACCACACCAAGAGCAUUCCCGUCUACAACUACACCGAUGACUGCAACCUGUGGACCUGGGAUCAGGUGAUCAAUGGGUUUUUCAGUGGUCUCGGGCCGAUCCGGAAGCUAGUGGCUAAAUACUUCACCGGCACAAUCACGGUCAACCCGGUGCGGUACGCCAUCUGCAAGCGAAUCAUGAUGUUCCAGGCGUUCUGUCUGGAUCUGAUCCGCACGUUCACCGGAAAGGAGAAAAUAAUGCAGCGAUUGUUCUCGAAGAUGGUGACGCUGAGCGAAGUGUUGCGAUUCUUCUGCCUGAACGACUGGAAGAUGACUAACGCCAACAUCCGCCGGAUCAGCGACGAGAUGUCCCCGCUCGAGGCGGAGAUGUUCCCGCUCGACAUCAGGAAGAUCGACUGGACCGAGUACUACAGGAACUUCGUGCCGGGCGUGAUCAAGUACGCCGUCCAGCCGCGCAGCCCGCGCAGCCCCAGCAUCAGCGAGCGGAAGCUGAAGGAUUCGAAGCUGCGGGAAACGAAAAAGCUCAACAGCGGCCUGUUCUACCUGCUGUGGAGCUCCGUGUUUAUCAUCGCGCUGAAGAUAUUCAAAAACCUUUUCAACAAGGUGUGAAAAAACUUUCCAACUUCAAGUACGCUUCCAAUUUAUUUAGGUUGAAUUUAAGACGGAAAAUGGGACACGAACACACGUUCAGUGCACGCACGCCGCGUGCAAUCACAAACAAAACACACACAUAACAACACACACACUCGCUGGCCACGGGAAGGAUCAAUAUCGCAGGGGCAGGAUCAAUAUCGAGUGCGCGCCGCCACGGUCGGAAGCGGCACAACAGCCAGCAGCAACAGCAGCCGCAGAUGCAGCAAUAGCCAAUUACUUCUAAAUACGCAAUUAACAACAAACGGAAACGGAAACAUCAACAUUCGAAUCAUCAUUCAAAUAAAGCAUAACAACAACAACAACAACAACAACUUUGCCACUAGCUACGUAGAGCUAAGAUACCUGAAGUUCAGUGACAGAUUUUUUCCACAAAUGAUAACGAU